UUUCUCUCCAGAUUUGGGAACAACACUUAUCCCCGCGAACCCUAACGAGACGCUUUACUGUCCUUUACGCGCCUAAAUACUGUCUUCGCUGUUCUUCUUCUCACUUUGGGAUCUAGCCGAAAAAUCGCAAUCCUCCGUCAAAAUUCUCCUCUCAUCAUUCGUAUAACGUCGCGGCGAGAAAUCAAUCCCGUCGAAUUGGAAAACAAAAAAGGGGAUUACUGUUGUCGGUGUUUCGUUAGUGGGCGAAUCGAAAUGGCUGAAGUGAAGAACAACUUUUCCGAGAAUCAAGAGACUCAGCCCAUUGAUUCUCUUCCCUCUCCGCCUUCUGAUUCUGGCGAAGAUAAAGAUCCUUGGCUUGGGAAUUGUUGCGAUGAGUUUCUGCAGGACACUGUACCUUUUGAGGACGAUGCCUGGAUCAAUGAUGUAUAUGCGGACACUCAGGUCAUUGACAAUGGAUGUGACAACGACGAGUUUCUUCUUUGUCGUGAAACUCAAGCUGUGAGUUUGGGAUUCGAUACUCAAGAAGAACCUCUUGUAGAGGGGGAACAGUUGCUGGGAUCUUCUGAUGGCUUGGCUACGCAGGUGGUGGAUCAUUCUGAUGAUGAAGUUGUUGCGGAUAGUGGUGAUGAUGUUACCGUUUUCUUGGAGGACAUCAGCGAGCUCUCUGACUGUGAUGACUCGCAUAGAAGAGGAGGAAAUCUGUUGUCGAGUGAAGAUAAUAGGGAGCAUGCUAAUGAAAACGUUAAAUCAACAGCUGCCAUUGGUACUCAAACGAAUGAACAUGGAACCUCUGGAAAGGUGGCUAGGUUUGCUUCAGUUCGUUCAGCCGCUUUUCGUGCUUCUGCUCUGGAAGCUCGUGUUGCAACUCAAAAUCUUCUCGACAGUGACUGUUCUACAUUAGUCAACUGUCAAUCUUCUGGUCAAGUAUCAACACGUAAUUCUCUUCUUGAAACUAAUGUUGGAGAAGUAGGGAUCCAGAAAUGCUCUCCCAGUAUGUAUGUCGAAAAGAAAAAUGAAGGAAAUAAAACAGCGAGGAAGCUUUUCCUUGAGGAUGAUUCGCCUGAAGAAAACUGUCCUGGUUUGAGUUAUAUUGACUCUCAAGAGCCUGGUGAGGCAUCCCAGGCCAAUGCUCUAAAACUUGUUGAUAAGCUCAUUAGUGAGUCAUGUCUAGAGUUUGCUGUUGAAGCUGAUGCUGACUGUGGAAGGAGAACAGAAGAAAAAUCGAAAUCUGUUCCGACUGUAAAAGGCCCCCAAGAAUUAGCAAAGAAAGCAAGUUACAAAGCCAGAGCUGUUGGGAAAGGUAUUUUCGACUGGGAUGAUAGUCGUGAGGAUGAAGGUGGUGGUGAUAUCUGUCGUAGAAGAAAAGAAGAGUUCUUUGGCUUUGCAAGUAAAGAACGGAAAUCUUCUACCUUGCCUAGAGAACAGAAAAGAGAAUUGAUACAUGAAAGUGAUGGAACUGGGGUUGCAGUGGAUAAAAAAAGGGCUCAUUCUGAUUCCAGACUGUUGCAGCAUAGUUUGACUAGGAGCCAAAAGAACAUCCAGGCUACUAAAAAGAAUCUUGGCAAAGAGUUAGAUGCAGUUUUCGAGGACCGUAGUAAUAAAAUAUGCGAUAUGCAAGAUUUGAUAGCGUUAGGGUAUGAUAAACAAGUGGCUGCUGAAGCUGUUGAUGCUCUGUCCUCUGGAGACCGCAGCAAAGUUGAUGCUGAGGCGAGUUGUCUUACAGGAAAGAAACUGUCACCGGGAGAAGAGAGAGGGUUUUCUGAUGGUGGAGUCAUUACUAGACAAUCUAAGGGAACAAAGAGGAUUCAGGCUAUGGGUAAAGAUGAAUUGUUGAAAAGACGAAUGAAGAAGGCUAGUCCAAGUCCUGCUAAAGCUUGCGGGAAGAAUAUCAAAAGGUCUUCAAAGGUUAACCAGCUUGAGAAAGAAGGUCCAUGCAGCCGGAAGAGAAGGAAGGUCCAGACUACUUCACGAGAGACUAAAAAGAAUCUUUUUGAUGAUUUGGAUGAAAUUUCCAAGGAGAGUAAUACAAGAAUGUUUGAUAGGCGAGAAGAGGUAGAAGCAGGCCCUGAUACGCAAAUGGCUGCUGAAGCAAUCAAUGCUCUGCACUCUGGAGACGCCAGGGAAAUUGAUCCUGAGCCAAAGUGUCUUGCAGGUAAGAAAUCUCUACGGGAAGGAGGCAUAUCUAGUCGUGGAGUUGUUACGAGGAAAUCCAAGAGACUUAAUGGGAUUCAUGCUGUGGAUAGUGAUGUUGAAUUAUCGAAACCAAGAACCAAGAAGGCUAGAUCAGUUCUUGCCAAGGCUUGUGAGAAGAAUGACAAACUUGAUACGCCUGAUGAAGUUACCGUGUCAAGUACAGAGAAGGGACGAGAAGAAUUGUCAAACAAACAUUGCACGUCUAAGCUACUUAAGCAAUCAAGUAGAGGUGAAGCAACCUUGUUGACUACUCCCAAGCGGAGAAGAUCAGCUCGUAUUUCGCAUGAUCAGGAUAAUGAGACAGGGAGAAGUUCAGAUCCAGCUGUUGAUACUCCAGUUAACUCUAAGAUGGUGCCUUCAAAGAGUGUGUCACCUAUAUGCAUGGGCGACGAGUAUUACAGACUUUCUUGCAAGGGCUCACGUACAUCAAAAACUACAAGGGAUUUCCGUAGAUUAGCCUCAACAUUAGUGGAACCUAUUCCCGAGACAAAGAGUACAAGAAAGAGAAGAGAUUUGGGUAGUGUACGUGUCUUGUUCAGCCAGCAUCUUGAUGAAGAUGUGACCAAGCAUCAGAAGAAGAUAUUGGCUAGGUUUGAUAUCUCGGAAGCAUCCUCCAUGAUGGAGGCAACACACUUUAUAGCCGAUAACUUUAUGCGCACAAGGAACAUGCUGGAGGCAAUCGCUGCAGGGAAGCCAGUGGUGACAACACAAUGGCUUGAAAGCAUCGAUCAAGUCAACAUAUAUGUUGACGAGGAUCUCUUCAUACUCAGAGACUCAAAGAAGGAGAGGGAGUUCGGUUUCAACAUGGGGGUUUCUUUGGCUCGUGCACGCCAGUAUCCGUUACUACAGGGGAAAAAAGUCUUUAUCACACCAAAUACAAAGCCUGGUUUAAACACAAUCACGACUUUGGUUAAGGCUGUUCAUGGAAUGCCUGUAGAAAGACUCGGAAGAUCUACCUUAAGCGAAGAUAAGGUCCCGGAGAAUCUUCUGGUCUUAUCUUGUGAAGAGGAUCGUGAUAUGAUCAUACCGUUUCUGGAAAGAGGAACAGAGGUCUAUAGCUCAGAGUUACUGCUGAAUGGGAUAGUUACACAAAAGCUAGAGUAUGAGAGGUACCGUAUCUUCACAGAUCAUGUUAGGAGAACGCGGUCAACGACAUGGAUCAGAGACGACAAGGGCGAGUUCCAACGCCGUAGAGUGUAAAGGAGGAAAUGUGAUCAAGCUCUUUUAUGAAGAAGCCCUGUUUUAGAUUCAGUUCGUUAGAUUGAUUAGAAACUAGCAAGUGGUUGUAUAUGUACAAUAUGUUGUUGUCUUUUACUUCAAAUUAUGUAAUUAUGGAGUUUUCAAAAGUCGUCGAGAGUUUUCUAACAUUUGUUUCACUUUACUUCAAAUUACAUUUUUGUCUUUUUUAGCUUUGACCAAAACCAUAGCCUACAUAGUUUAGUUACACCAAUUCCAAAUUUAC